AUGGAGUUUGAAGAUUGCAGUCUAUGGCAUCACUUGAUCUUUUGUGAAGAGCUGCAAAGCGAUGGCAACAACCAAGUUUUUUGCUCACUGUGCGAAAAACUCGUAUUGGGACGUCCUGCCUACAAAUGCUUGGAAUGCAACUUCCUACAACAUAAAUCAUGCAUCGAGCCAGCACCCACAAUAGAGAUGCAGGUCGAACAUGAUUUGAGGGAUAGACAUCAUUUGAUGUUCACAGAAGAGUUGGGCAAUACUGGCAACCAAAAACAAGUUUGCCCGGGAUGCGAGGAACCUGUAUUUGGUCCCACUUACAAAUGCUCCAUCCCCGGAUGCAACUUCUUCCUACAUAAACUAUGCUCCGACCUACCUCACGUGAUACAACACCCCGUGCACUCAAAGCACACCCUUAUUCUCCAAGUGCCAUCAAAGCGUAAUUAUUGUGAUGUUUGCCUCAAAUACUGCAGUACCUACUUCUUUUACCGAUGUUCCCUCUGCGAUUAUGAUCUCGACGUUAAAUGUCGUUCCCGCUGGCAAAUUUAUGCCGAAUUUUGUCACCAACAUGCUUUUGUUCGCACCUUGACCCAGAUCCAAUUCACUUGCCAAGUCUGUGGUGAGGAAAGUAAGGGCAUAGCCUACUUGUGUAGCAUUUGCCAACUCUUGAUUCACCAUAAAUGUGCUCAAUUUCAACGCAAUGUUGACAUUGAAACACAUAAUCACUUCCUUACUUUGACCUAUUCUCUUCCUCAAUUUAAGGGUCACAAUGACAUAUUCUGUAAACUUUGUUAUAGGCAGGUGAAUACAGAGUAUGGAACUUACUCUUGUCGAGAAUGCAGUUACGUUGCCCACUUGAAUUGCACAACUCAAUACAACUACUAUGCCAAAGACUUAGUUCGGCGGUCCAAAUUUUUUGACGAUGACACUAAGUUGGUUCAUUUGGUGGAGGGGAUCAAGCUAGCAGAGGACGAAAGAGCUGGCCCUUGGGAGAUCAAACAUUUCAGUCAUCCACAACAUUACUUAAUCCGCAUAGAUGAAGAGUUCAUGGAGAACAAGCGUUGUGAGGCUUGUAUGCAAUUUAUAAUCUUCAUCCCGUUUUAUGGCUGUGUGAAAUGCAACUUUUUUCUCCAUAAUAGGUGUGCUAAACUACCCUCAACAAUUAAGCGAUGGCGACUUGAUAAGCAUUCACUCACCCUCCUCUCAAAGGCUCCAUCCACAGAUGGAUUGUUUUGGUGUGGUGCUUGUAAACGUCAUCGUCAUGGCUUCACCUAUGAAUGUGACGAGUGUAAGCACAACUAUGACGUUCAAUGUUGUUUAAUUCCAGAAAACCUUAAACAUGAAAAUCACCACCACUCCCUCGUCAUUCCUGAACUGUCUUUCGAUGCUUGCAAUGCUUGUGGUGAAGAUAGAGGACUAUUUAUAUUCACGUGCACUACUUGCAAGUUCUACUUGUGUAUUACAUGUGCAACUCUUCCACUAGUAGCCAAAUUUGAAUAUGAUACACAUCUCUUAAAACUCUCUUAUAGGCGUGAAGAUGAUUCCGGAGAAUAUUAUUGUCUAAUUUGUGAAGAAGAAAGAGAUCAUCCAGAUUAUUGGUUCUAUUACUGUGAAAAAUGCAACUUUUCUGCUCAUCCCAAAUGUGUUUUUGGGACGAAUCCAUACAUUAAUUAUGGAAGAACUUACAUAGAUGAAGAUCACCGGCACCCUCUCAUUACUGUCUAA